CCAUAUCCAUUUUGAUUUGACUAAAGAAAAAUCAAAAGCUAAAUUGUCACUUUAGUUUAGUUCAGUAGGCCAAAGUCCUCAAAAACUACCCCACCCACCCACUUCUUUAUCUGAAGCACUAACGAAUGUAGAAAAUUAGAAUUCUUCAGUAGUCGCAUAGGUUGUUUAUGUAAUAUGUAUGUGGAGUUUUAGAAAAUGAUUAUGAUCUGAAAGGCGAGUUGAUUGUAGAAUUUAACUUCAUUUAUUGAGAAAAAGGGGCACUGGAUACUUGUUUUCCCGAGAUGAGCAAGGAUAAAGAGAAGUCACCAGAGCCUCUUGAUUUCUUCAUUUGGACUGUUGAGGAUGUUGGCUUGUGGCUGGAAGAGAUCAAUCUUGGUGGCUAUCGCCAAAUUUUCAAAGAAAAUGGGAUCAAUGGGGAGUAUUUAGAAGGGAUGUCCAUGUUUACAACCGAGCAGAUACUCCGGUUCAUAAGGAAGUGCCACAUGAAAUGGGGGGAUUUCAUAACCUUGUGCAAGGAGCUUAGGCGAAUAAAAGUGGCUUGCUUGAAAGGGGAGCAGAAGGUUCGCCGGCCAUGGUGGGCCCCAUCUUGUCUUUCAAUGGUAUUUGUGAAAGCUUCAAAACGUAACAGGCAGUCCCGAGUUGUUUCAUUGAAGCUGGAACCUUGAUGUAGAUACUAAAAGGGAAAUACCUCCCCCUUUUGGGGUAGGAAAAUCAUGUCCCAGGCUUGUUGUAUGUAUGUACUUCUAAUUUUUCUUUUACUUUUAUGGCAAAAGAAAGUAGGAACAAACACAUGUUUACUUUUUGUUGGGUUUUGCCAACAAUAUUUCUGGUUCUUCUUUGGAGGACCAUUUGCAUUGUCGGGACCCUUACCAGAUAAUAUGGUAGUUUGCUUCUUUUUCUUGGAAUUUGUUUUUGAAGACAAGAAGGAACGUUGCAAGUGAUUGUGUGCAUUUAAGUUGUUCAUAAUGUCA